AUGGCAAAGAAGCGUGGUCUUGCCUGGCCCUUGGAAAAUACGCAAGAUUCCCCGCACCUAUUUGCUAAUGCUAGACUUGCGUGGUUCUACAACUGGUCAUCCGACAAUCGAUCAGAUGUAAAUCUUGAAUUUAUUCCCAUGUACUGGAGUGCCAACAAGGAAGAUCCAGCACAAUUCGCAAAUAAAGUCCGCACUCAAGGGGCGAAGAUCAUAUUGGGUUUUAAUGAGCCUGAACGAAGAGAACAGGCAAACAUGAAUGCAACCGAUGCUGCUCAUAUAUGGAAAAAAUACAUCGAACCACUGGCCAAUGAAGGUAUUCUUUUAGGAUCGCCUAGUAUAGCUAGUACUGAAGAAGGACUCAACUUACUGGAAGCUUUUCUCAGUACAGGUUGUCACGUAGACUUUCUUGCUCUUCAUUGGUACGGUCGUGGGGCAGACAAUUUUCUUCGCUUUAUCACUAAAGCUCACGAACGAUUCGGCAAUAAACCAGUGUGGGUUACUGAGUUUGCAUGCACUUCUUGGAAUGCAGGUCAUCCGGUUUCACAAGAAGAAAUAAAUGAUUUCUUCCGUCAAGCCACGACGAAACUUGAUCGUACCAGCUGGAUUGAACGAUAUGCAUGGUUUGGUGCUACACGUCAUCUCGAUUCAGCAUUGGGCUCUGGAAAUUGUCUAAUUGAUAACAGUGGAAACUUAUCUCAACUCGGUCAAGUCUAUGUAAACGGGUAG